AUGUCGGUCGAUAUCGAGCCUUCCGAGCUGAGCUUUCGCCGCCCCUUCACCGUCGAGGUCUCGCAGAUCUUGACGAUCAAAAACCCAACCUCCUCGCCCCUCGCCUUCAAGGUCAAAACUACAGCCCCGAAACAAUAUUGCGUCCGACCAAAUGCUGGCCGUAUCGAGCCCGGUCAGGACUUUGACGUCACCGUCCUCCUGCAAGCGAUGAAAGCCGACCCUCCCGCCGACACGAGAUGUCGCGACAAGUUCCUCGUUCAGUCUGCACCCAUCACCCCCGACAAGGAGUUUGCGGCCAUUUCUUCUGUGGUAGGUGCCCUCGACGGCCAACUCGGAUCUGCUUCGAUCAAUCAACUGACGGCUUCGGGCCAGCUUGACGCAACCGACAAGAGCCAGAUCCAGGAGCGCAAGAUUCGCGUCAACUGGCUGGCCGCCAACGGGGGUCAUGAUCAAGCGUCCAACUCGGUCCCGUCGUCCCAUGGGACGCCCAACAGGCAGUCCAUGAUCAAUGGGCUGGUCAGCGAGACCCCGGAGGCAUCCCGCACUUACAUGUCCCCCAAAAACGACCUAGAGUCGACGCCCGUGUCGGCCCCCCCGGCGUAUACGUCUGACGAGACGAGGGACGUCGAAGACAGAAAAUCGGACCCCUCAAAGUCAGCCGCGUCCCCGGCCGCCGGCGGCGCCGGUUCGGAUUCCGCCAAGGUCACCCUCCAGGAGCUCAAGGCCAAGCUCGCCAAAGCGGAGGCCGAGCUGGUGAACCUCAAGGACAGCGGCCUUCGGCAGCGCAACGUCAAGGCCGCCACCGAGGAGGUGAAGAAGGUCGGGGGUCAGACCGUCCAGGCCGUCAAGCAAGCCGACGGCGUGCCCGUCCAGGUUGUCGCCAUGCUCUGCCUGAUGAGCUUCCUGCUGGCCUACUUCUUCUUCUAA